CUUCAAGUCUGCGGUCUCCUCCUCGUGCUCGUCCACUAACGCCUUUUCUGCACGUCGCCGUAAAACUUUUGCAUCCAUAAUGAGGGAAAUUGUGCACAUUCAGGCCGGCCAGUGCGGUAACCAGAUUGGUGCCAAGUUCUGGGAAGUGAUCAGCGAUGAGCACGGCAUCGAUCCCACAGGCACUUACCAUGGAGACAGUGACCUGCAGCUGGACAGGAUCAGUGUCUACUACAAUGAGGCAACAGGAGGUAAAUAUGUGCCUCGGGCCAUUCUGGUGGACUUGGAACCUGGCACCAUGGACUCUGUGAGGUCUGGACCCUUUGGGCAGAUCUUCAGACCUGAUAACUUUGUGUUUGGCCAGAGCGGUGCUGGAAACAACUGGGCCAAGGGUCACUACACAGAGGGGGCUGAGCUGGUGGACUCGGUCCUCGAUGUGGUCCGUAAAGAGUCCGAGAGCUGCGACUGCCUACAGGGCUUCCAGCUGACUCACUCCCUCGGUGGUGGAACCGGCUCUGGUAUGGGGACCCUGCUCAUCAGCAAGAUCCGGGAGGAAUACCCAGACCGUAUCAUGAACACCUUCAGUGUGGUGCCUUCCCCCAAGGUGUCAGACACAGUUGUUGAGCCUUACAAUGCCACCCUGUCAGUCCAUCAGCUUGUAGAAAACACAGAUGAAACCUACUGCAUUGACAACGAGGCUCUGUACGACAUUUGCUUCCGCACGCUGAAACUGACCACGCCCACCUACGGCGACCUCAACCACCUGGUGUCCGCCACCAUGAGCGGGGUCACCACCUGCUUGCGUUUCCCCGGCCAGCUCAACGCCGAUCUCCGCAAAUUGGCCGUGAACAUGGUGCCUUUCCCCCGUCUGCACUUCUUCAUGCCUGGCUUCGCCCCACUGACCAGCAGGGGCAGCCAGCAGUACCGCGCUCUCACGGUUCCUGAGCUCACCCAGCAGGUGUUUGACGCCAAGAACAUGAUGGCCGCCUGCGACCCGCGUCACGGUCGCUACCUGACCGUCGCCGCCGUGUUCCGCGGGCGGAUGUCCAUGAAGGAGGUCGAUGAGCAGAUGCUCAACGUGCAGAACAAGAACAGCAGCUACUUCGUCGAAUGGAUCCCCAACAACGUCAAGACCGCAGUCUGUGACAUUCCGCCCCGUGGCCUCAAGAUGGCUGUCACCUUCAUCGGCAACAGCACAGCCAUCCAGGAGCUGUUCAAGCGCAUCUCCGAGCAGUUCACCGCCAUGUUCCGCCGUAAGGCCUUCUUGCAUUGGUACACAGGCGAAGGUAUGGAUGAGAUGGAGUUCACUGAAGCGGAGAGCAACAUGAAUGAUCUGGUGUCCGAGUACCAGCAGUACCAGGAUGCUACUGCUGAGGAAGAGGGUGAAUUUGAGGAAGAGGCUGAAGACGACGCUUAAAAGAUCAUGAUGUGAAAGUCAAGACAUCAACGCCAAAAUAAAAAACAAAACUAGUAAACAUGGAACCUACAUAGUGUCAAGAGCAUUGCUAGAAUCAUACUUUAGCCCACAGUAGUCCUCCCUUGUAAUUCAGUGCAAAUAAAGCUUUCAAACAA